GUAUUUUUAAAUAUUGUUCGUUUAAAAGUUAUAAUACACUAUAAAUUAUAAUAUUACAUUACAACAGCUAUGUUUCGUUUAUGAAUUUAUGAUUACAUUAUUUAUAGUACUACACUAGUGAUUAGUGAUGCUAUUAGAGUUCCUACUGGAAAUUUCAUUUUUUUUAAAACUUCGUAUUAAUUAAAAGUCCCAAUUAGUAAACAGUAACUUGAAAUUUGUGUACCCGGUAAUAUAAGCUACACAAUUGCUCUCCUCUGAUUAAUAGUUUUAAAAAAACUAUUUCUAUGAUGCCGAAUUUGCCUCCCUUUUUUAAUGGAAAGAUUAGUGGUGUUUUAACUUUGUCUGUAUUAGAUAUAUCAUGGUAUAAUAAUAGUGUAAAAAAUACCUAUGUACAAUUUGAAUGGACUGGAUGUCAAGAAAAACAGAAACUCUUAACAUCUAAAUAUUCUAAGAUUACUUAUGAUAUUCGAACUAGUUACAAAUCAUUUUUACAUUACCUAUCAACAUGCACAUUAAGAUGUUCAGUUAAAAGUUAUGAAAAUAAAACGUUAGCUUAUGCGACUAUGAAAAACGUAUUAAUAGAACAAGAUAACCAGCUGAUAAAAUCCUUACCACUAAUGAAUAAUGAAAAAAUAGUUGGUACUCUAAAAUUAUGUUUUAAUGUACAAACAUUCAAUGAUACAUCAUUUGACCAUGAUAUUAACAUUUUAAAACAAUUUGGAAUUCAAGAUGAAACUAAAAAUAAUGAAGAGUUUUAUUAUUCUGAAAUAUUUAAACACAGAAAAAAUGAAAGAGUAAGACCCAUAAGUUCUUCAUCAUUAAGAUCUUAUAAAAGUAAAGAAGAACUAACUAGUGAUUAUUUAAUGGGAAAAAAUAUGAAUCCUGAUGAAGAAGAAGAGGCUCUCAAUACAUUAAGAAUAAUGCCAAAUAAUUCUGCUGAAAGUUUAGUUAGUGCAGCCGAAAAAAUUGGUAUUUAUUCACCACCCCAGUCGCCAUUACACAUUCAAGGCUCUACCAAAAUGAUGGCAGUCAAAAACCCUGGCAUUAAAAACAUGAAGAAAUCUUGUGAUAAAAACAAAAGUAAAUUCAAAACAGACUUCUCUAAAAAAUUACAUAAAGCGCCUGUGCCAAAAGAUGAUGUACAUUUACAUUUAUCAAUCCUAUCAAUUAAUGUUUAUCGCACAGUUAAAUCUCUUCAAAAUUAUACUAAUAGCACGUAUAUUGUACAAUGUAUUAAAGAUCAAGAACCAUAUAAAUUAUUGAGAUUCAUGACAAAACAUGUUGAUCAUAAUGUUGUGAAAUUUAAAAGUGUCACUCAGUCAUCACGUUUAGAAGGCAAUACAGUUAAAGGUGUCACUAUUAAAGUUUAUGUACGACUUCUUAGCGAACGCUGUCCUAUAGUUCUAGGUGAAACAAAACAAAUGUUAGAUUGGACUGGAUUUUCAACUACUUUCAAUGUUCCGCGAUUUAUUAAAGUUCCUCUAUGGAAUAAUGACAAAAUUACCGGACACUUGUCUUUGUCAUAUGAAUUUUCCAGAACACCUACAAUCCAUGAAUAUGAAAAUAGUUUUUCUGAAAAUCAAGACAAUAUAGAGCAUAAAACCCAACAGAAUAAACAUAUUGAAAUUGCUAAUCCAGUUGGUACUACAAAUAAAAAAAAUGUAGAAGAUUAUAAAGAUACCAUUUUGUAUCAAACAAAAGACCAAAUGUAUAUGUAUAAUAGACUAUAUCCUGAAAGUAUUGAGAAUAAUUUUGAAAAUGAACUACCAUUGAAUGAAUUUUCAAAAAUAGAAUCAACCAAGAUAACAAAAGAAAAAGAAAUUCAAACUAACUUUGAAGUUCGUCAAUUAAACAAAUCUGUGCAAACACAAAUAAAAACUUCCAAUGUUGCAAUACAAGUAAGUAGUGAUGAAUUAGAAGAUCCUUUGGACAAAUUAGAUAAUUGCGAUAUACAUAACAUAUUUCGAUGCACUCAUGAAUAUACAUUUAACAUUGAAAAAAAAUGUGAUUCAAGAUUCAAUUAUGUAACUUAUCAAUUUCCAGAGUGUGUUACUAAUAAUAUUGGAAAAGUGGUCUCCUGUUGUCGAACAUUCAGAACUUUUGGUAACACUAAUAUUCUACAUUUGAUUAUAUUGCCUACAACAAUCCCUUUAGAAACUUAUUUUUAUAAUAAUUAUAAAAAAGCAGCAAUUGUAUUAAAUCUUUAUAAAAAUAAUGAUGAUUCUCCGGAAAAGGUGUCACUUCUAAUAUCUCAUUUAAUUGAUAUGGCAAAUAAAUUUAAAACUUCACACAUUGCCAAAAAUAUAAUUAUCAAUAAUAAUUUAUCAAUACCUGAAUUAUCUAAUAAUAAUGUCAAAGUACAAAUACAUUACAAAAGAGUAUACCACUCAUUUCCAUCCCCUGAGCAAAAACUUAAAAACUCGAGUGUUUCAUCAUACAAGACAUUAAAAAAAAAUUCAAAAAUUAUUGUAGACUUGACUGAAUCAGAUUCUGAAGAUACUAUUAAUAAGACAUACACAUUAAUAAAACACAAUGAUAGAUUAAUUGAUUUGACUAGUGAAACCAGCACACAAACAGAUCCAAUACCUGUUAAGAUUUUACACAAUUCCAUAACUCAAACAGAAAAUGAUUUACUACCAGAUUGUAUAAUUAUUGACGACGACAUUAUUUCAACUAAAAAUGAAACAGAAAAUGUAAUGAAAACAGAUAUAAUUGAUAUUGUUAAAAAUCAGCCAAAUUGUACAAACACAAAAAUUAUACACGACACAACAAUUGUUGAUGAAAAAUUAUACAAUAGUGAUUUUUUUAAAGCUAAAGUGACAAUUAUUGAAGGGUUUAAUUUACCGUCAGUAAAACUAAGUGGUGAUACCAUGCCUACAGCUCCAACUACAUACAUAAUCAUGGAAGAUUAUGGCGAAAGUAAUUUAUCAACAUCAUCUGUUGUACAGCAGACAAACCCCGUUUGGAAUAGUGAAUGGAUUGUGGUUAUACCCAGGAAUAAUUUAAUUGAAGGAAAAUGGCUGAUAUUGGGGUUGUGGUGUAAGAAGUAUAAAAAUGAAUAUGCAGGGCAUGAUCCAAAACGAGACAUAAGACUUGGAUUUAUUUUAAUAGAUUUAUCUGCACUUGAAAAUAAUCUCAAUAAAACUUGUAGAUUGUACGAUGUCAUUAGUGAAACUGAAGAACACCGUGGAAAAAUUAAAGUUGCAAUAGAACAAUUUAACAAUAUUGAUCCUUGUAUAAAUAAUAAUUGUAUGCCCCAACCAAGAAAUGAAAGAAAUAUUAUUCAAACCAAAAACAAAAUUAAAAGCCAAAAAUCAAAUGACGAUCUUAUAUAUGAAAUGAUGGGAAAAAUGCAAAUUGAAGAUAAUUUUCUUAUGGAAACAAGAAAUCCCAAUAAUCCUAUUGCAGUUAAAGAUGAAAAAUGUGAUCAAUAUAUAGAUAUUACUGAGGAUUCCCUCCAAAAGUUCAGCAAGACUUCUUUGAAGAAUACAGUUGCUAAAUCCAGUUCAAAUGAUUGUUUUUAUAAUAAUGAUAAUGUAUUUGACAAUAUGGGAACUAUAAGUUCUGUUACAUCUUGGACAAGUUCUUCAGAUGAUAUAUUAUGUUCAAAUAAUUCUCAGAUUGUGAACAAUAUUCUAAAUAACAAAACCAAAAUGAAUCGAAUAAAACAAAUUAUUCGAGGUUAA